AUGACAUCACUUUCUAAAAUGCCCGAACUUGUAAUGGAAAAUAUUAUCGGAUUUUUGGAUUUCCGAUCAGUCCUUACCCUUCGCCAAGUUUGCCGUGAUUUCUGGAAUUUUAUCGAUGAUUUGAAGGAUUCCAAAUUGCCAGACUCUAAACUCAAAGGACUGACAUUAACAGUGAGAAAAGGACGAAAAUUGGAGUUUAAAAUUGAGUAUUUUGAUGGAUCAAUCGAUAUAAUUGAAUAUAUGGAAAAUUCGAGAACGUAUAAAGAAAAAAUAACAAAUUUGGAGAAUUCCAAUUUUUUGGAUGUGGCGAUUCAAAACGAUUUGAAAUGGAUUCUAAAAUUUCAAAGAGGCAAUUCGGACCUUUUUGAAAUUGAUGCGAAUAUCUAUAGUUUUUCUUUGCGACCGGAAGAUGAGCAAUUAUAUCAGGAUGUGAUAGAAAAGCUGAGCAAUUGCAUGAAUCGAAAAAUCAAAACCAAAAAACUGCAAAUCUGGGCCAACAAAAAUUCAGAAUUUCUUUCAAUUAUCCAACUAAUUGAUCCGAAAUUCCUAGUAGAACUCAGUUUUUGUCCCAUAUGUUCAGUUUUUGAAACUGAUGAAAUUUCGAAAACUGAGCAAUGGAAAAUGGCCAAAGUUUUUGGUUGUGGACAAUAUUUCUCGGAUCAGCAUAUCAAAGAAUUGACUCAUUUUUCGAAAUCGUCGAUUCUAACUGACUGCGUUUCAGCAGAAGAUGUGAUUCAUCUCAAAGAGUGUUUCGUGAAAUCUCCAACUUUCGAAUAUUGUGAUAUGACAAUAAAAUCGACUGACGCAAAUCGAGAGCUUUCAGUAUUAUGGGGACCUUCAAACGUAUCUGAAACGGAAGACGAUGGAACAUGGUAUUUUCGAAUGGCGAAUUCUGAUAUUUUGGUGGUCAGUGUCGAAAUGCAAGACACAUGGCCAUAUUGGUUUUAUAUCAAUUUAUACCGUGAAGAACACAAUAGUGAUAUUGAUUCUGUUGGAAUAAUUAUACAUGAUUAG